AAAUUAAAGUAAUACCCAGUUCUUACUGAUUGAGACAGAGUGGAAAGAAGGACAUCGUUGUACAUCACUGUCAUUCCAAAGGUACAGUGGGACUCUGGAUGGAGGAAGAACUUACCUAUCACUACAACACUUAUAGCAGGAAACAUUUCAAUGUCCUGGAAAAAUUCCCUAUAAAAAGGAAGACAGAAAAACAGAAAAGUCACAAUACUCGACCUACUUCAAGGGAAGCUUGGGAUCUUUUUGGCUCUCUGCCUCUAAACAGAAUGGAGCCAAUUCCAAAACUCCUAGCUGGCCUUAUUCUGCUGACUCUGUGUGUGGAGGGCUGCUCCAGCCAGCACUGGUCCUAUGGACUGCGUCCUGGAGGAAAGAGAGAUGCCGAAAAUUUGAUGGAUUCUUUCCAAGAGAUAGUCAAAGAGGUUGGUCAACUGGCAGAAACCCAGCACUUCGAAUGCACCAUGCACCAGCCACGUUCUCCCCUCCAAGACCUGAAAGGAGCUCUGGAAAGUCUGAUUGAAGACGAAACUGGGCAGAAGAAGAUUUAAAUCUGUUGGGCCAGAAGGAGUGAUCAUUACUAACAUGACUUGAGUAUAAUUCUGACAUUGAAAAUUUAUAACCCAUUAAAUACCUGUAAAUUGUGUGAAUUUCAGAAAUCCUUACACCGAGUUGCACAUACUCCAUAAUAAAGUGCUGUGUUGUGAGUGAA